GAUGGAGAGCGGUAAAGGCAUGGUGUGUGUAACGGGCGGGACUGGAUACUUGGCUACAUGGACGAUCAUGAGGCUCCUCGAGAAGGGUUACUCGGUCCGGGCCACCAUCCGUCCCGACCCAGGUAAGCACGGCGGAUCGCGACUUUAUCCGAGCACUUAUAGAAUAACGGUAAUGGACCCAGGCAGUCCAGAUCGGAAGAGGGGCAAGGGACACUCUGAAUUCGGUUGGGGUUUCUCUAGGGACUGGCGCUUUACUUUGAACGAUGCUUAUCAUUUGGCUGAAGGCUUGGAUGCUUGGAGAAAGCUGGAAGAAGACUGGAGCUGCGCGUGGAAAGCGGAUGUUGUUCCUCAUCAUUUGGUUAAUGUCACUACCAGCAUUGCCACGAGAUCCACUCUGGCGAGAAGAGAUUCGAAUGUUAGCACUAUCUCUCCUUAAUGAAUGUUGGGCUGACAUUGGUGCUCCUUCUCCCCUUCACCAUAGUUAUGAUCUUAGUCUGAGGGACUGGACCGGCGCUAAUGUUGGCCACAGAUUGGUUAUGCGU